AUCAUUUUCAUUCUGUUCAUUUCAUUGUGCAAGUCGAACUCGGCUCGGUGAAAUGCACGCAGGUUAUUUAAUUAAUUUUUCCAAUUUUGUGAUGUUCGAGUGAUGAAAUAAGUGAGGAUUCUUUGUACUUGAUUAAAAUUACAUAGUUUGAAAAAUUUCCAUGCAGUCUCGUACCUGAUUACCUAUUAGCUACGAACAAAUUAAUGAAGAGUAUCCUUUUAAUGAACUGAUUCAAGAUGAGUGGUAAAGAAGGAAAACCAUUCGAAAAAUUCAAACAGGAGCUGAAACAGUUCUUCAAAGGCAAUAAACAUCCUCCGGGCACUGUUCAGAUGAGAUUAAGAGAUGAAUUUGCCCUCGACUCGGAACUAAAACGUCAACUUCAGAAAGAAGUGCCCAUCGAUCAACGAAUGAAAGCCAUCAACGAACUGAAGGAUAUUGUUUUACAUACUACUUUAGAGAAGAACGCUAUAGAAAAAAUUUGUAAUUGCGUUAAUGAUAUAUUGACUGAUCCGCGUUACAAGGAGCAUCGUCGUGAUGUUAUAUAUUUUUAUCAAUCCCUUGUUUUUGCUCAAUACGACAGAUUGGAAAACAUACGACCAUAUUUUUUCAAUAUCAUCAAAAAUGUAGGAGACGAAAAAGAUAUUAUUGCAAGAUUUGAAUUAUUACAAAAACUCACCCAAAAUGGGAAGAACAUUAACGCUCUUGAAGAAGAAAUUGGCAUGUUUCUAUUAGAAUGGAUGGAAACUAAUAUAAUGCUCGAAAAACCUGUUGAGCUAUUAUCUGUUUUGGUUAAUUAUGUGAAAUAUAAUUCGAGUUUUAUCGAUGAAGAUGUUAUUGAUGGAAUCGUCCAAAAUGCUUGUUACAUUUGCUGUCAGAGUGAUAUUGAAUCUGUUGUAUCAGUUUCUCUGGAAUUGUUAGAUACUGUUGUCUGCUACAGUAAAUUAUCUCAACAAACUAUGGUGGCUUUCAUUUCUGCCGUGAGUCGAACUAUUUGCUUAGAAGAACAUAAUGUUGCCAGUUGGAAGAUUAUGAGAAAUCUUUUGGGAACUCAUAUGGGACAUUUUUGUUUACAAACGCUGUGUGCUAUGCUCCUAGACAAUAGCUAUCAUAAUGACACGGGUCUUAUCAGCGGAAUAAUUUAUAUAUUAAAUAUGGCAUUGUUGGGUAAUAAACCGGAUUGUUUGGCUGGAUGCAUCCCGAUGUACAUAAUACCGUCUAUUUCGAAAGUGUCCAAAUUAGACGAUCCCAUCGUGUUGGUGGAGGUUCUUUUAUCAAUGAAAUGGACCGUUGAAAAUUACGGACAGCAGCUGAAAGACCCUACGUGGGACGAGAUUUUGAAUAUUUUGGAAUCCGUUAUUUCUAAAAUAGGUCAGUGGGAUUAUCCGAAUCCACUAAACUACAUCUGUGAUAUCUUCAACAAAGUAGAAUCCUUGCUUAGAAAGAACGAAUGCAACGCCGAUAUGGACAAGUUGUUAUCCUUCUGUCAAAAAUGGUCAGCAAUGAUGCCGGAAGCUUUCAUUUUUUAUUUGACCGAUUAUUAUUUUAACCGAAUUAUAUCGACUGAUUGGAAUUGGACCAGCAAGAUACAUCCAAUUGUUUCAACCUUUUUGAUCAAAGAAACUCGUCCAUCGAUUAGAAUUCACUUAUUGAAGACGCUUGUGAAAAUCAUCGAGGAAAAUAGUUGGCAUUACGAAAAAGAGAUCAUGAAUAACAUCGUUAAACCGUAUUUCGAUAACUUCGCUUUCGAGAAAGAUGACACAAUACGUAACACUACGUUAGAUUUUCUGAUCAGAUCUUGCAAAACUUGCCAAGGCAUUUAUAUGGAAUCUAUUUUAGAUAUCUUGGAAAAGGUUUUAAGAACUCCAUUUGACCAAAAAGAAAUUAUCAGCGAAAGCAACAAAUCAGAUCUGAAGAAAGUUGUCGGAGGGUUACUGGAUAUAUUCGCGUUUUGUGUUCACGAAUUGCCUUCUUCAAAUGCGAUCAAGAUAUUGGAUAUUUUAGUUACUUUUCUCAAGUGUCACUACGAUAGACCCAAGAUUUUAGAAUCCCUGAUUGAUGUUCGUUGGAAGAUAGUAGACUUUCUUCUGAGACUACGUGCUGAUUCAAAUUGCCGUAUUGGUUACAUCGAUUCCUCCAACACAGUGGAAUAUUCAUGCUACAUAUUAGCAGACCAUAAAAGAUCUUCCAACAGUUCGUUUUCCUCCUCUUCUCGCGUAAAUAGCAAAUCAUCUGAAGGUUCUUGCUCGUCAUUUGAAGAAGAAUUUUAUGAUGGUUAUGUACUAACGUAUAUUUCGUUGACAAAUGCUUGCCGGGUUAUUGUUACGACUUUGAAACAUGAAUCAGAUUGGGAACUUUUAGAAUCCAUUUUAUUAGCAAUUCCUACUGCGUUGAAAAAUCGUGCUUUGGUUUUUUCCAAAUAUAACAGCGAAGUUGAAUCAAUUGUCCAAUCUCUUAUUUUAAUGAUCACUGAGAAGGACUUCACUGAUAAAUUGAAAAAUUUACCACCCAAGUUUAGUAAACCGUCCUUUUAUGGAUGCGUUAUUCCGGUUCUUUCUGCUUUUGCAUCGUACCAUACUCACCUAGAAUAUCAACACCAACAACGUUUGAUUUCAUGUUUACAUUUUGGAUUGGUGUACAAGUCAGCUCCGCAAUGUGUUACUGCUUUGAUGAUCUGUUUGUUGGAGAUGAGAGAAGCGAUGGUUAAAUUAUUGCCAGAAAUUUUAUUAAAUUUGUCAAAAAUUUCAGCCACCGUACAUGUUGCUAUUCCUAUACUAGAAUUUUUAUCGCUUUUAACCACAUUUCCGCAAGUUUACGCCAAUUUUAUUCCGAAUCAGUACAUGUCGAUAUUUGCUAUUAUCUUUCCGUACACGAAUUCCUUCAAAUACAAUCACUAUGUCGUUUCGCUAGCUCAUCAUGUAAUUGCAGUCUGGUUUUUGAAAUGUCGAAGGCCGCUACGAAGAGAUUUUGUGAAAUAUAUCAUCAAAGGUGUAAAAAGUCAUUUAGGAUCGUUUGAGGAGGAAAAUUUUCCAAAACCUGUUGUGGCAAACGAGGAUUCUUCUAACCGUAAAAGAAGUUCUAGUUUGACGGAGCAGGGAAAUAGAAAAAAAGAGAGACAUAUGAGUGGUUCCGGUCGCUUGAUGUCUCAAGGUGCUGGAGGUGCCUCUGAUUUACGAAAAAAUUAUGAUGAAACGUCCAUUACAUUUCACAGAGAACUCACUGAAACUUGUAUCGAUCUCAUGUCUCGAAAUGCGUUCACGAGCUUUUCGGCAUUGCCUCGACGAAAUCCGGGUACUGAAUUCAUCUUGCGAAACGGCAAUUCACUGACGUGGUUGCUGGGAAACAAUAUUAUUACCGUUAAUACCAGCGGAUGUACUCAGAAGCCAAUGUAUAAUGGAUACUGCGAUAAAUGCUUUGUGUCUUGUACCAUCGAUAAAAAACUCCAAUUUUUGAAUAUCAAUGGAGGUUAUAAACAAACGGAAAAUACAGAUACAAAUAAUUCAAGCGAUGGCACCGGUCAAGUUCAAAAGUCAGCCGGUAAACAACUUACUCGACAUUUAUCAAUCAACAGUGAAGAUGGUAAUCUCACCGACAGUUUAAAGGCAUCUUCUUCGAGCGAAAGUAAUUUCGAAACAGAUGAAAAAAGAAUUACUGAUGGCAUAGAAUUAAAUAAACAAUCCAGUAUCAAUAAAGAAGAUCGAGAAUCUUAUAAUUUUUGUCCUUGCUGGUGCCAAGGCUGGGCAGAAAUUCAUAUACGUCGGCCUACUGGCGACAUCUCCUGGAUAAUGCGUUCCCAGAAUGAGACAUGCUAUACUCCGUAUAGGAAUCCUUUGGCAGAUAUUAGCUCAUUGUAUCAAGCUUCUGUUAUACACGAAGGUAUCAAAUUAUUGGAAAAGCAAGAGCAGGAGCAAAAAGAAGCCGCGGCGAAGCCAACUGCGCAAUUCUCCGUGGAUAAUUCGGAAAAUCCGGUGAAGGAAUAUAUUACUGAACUUCCUCCGGUCAAAACUGGUGUUGAGUUACGAGCAGAAGUUACCGUUUUUACUCCGAAUACUGUUGGAAACGUGGUUAGCGAUUCGAAGCAAGUCGUUGACAUCUCUAAAGAUGAUUCGAAAUGUUGUGAAACUAACGUUGUUGAUGAUGAGCAAGAUGGAGUGCCCAUCGAAGGAGAAUCGAACGAACAUUGCUGUCAUGGCAGAAAUCCCGUACGCAGAUCAAAUUCUAGUCCGGAAAUGAGUUCAAAUUGGAAAAACGCGUUUGCCAAGGAUUCAUCGAGAAGUUUCAACAGUUCCCCAGUGAAUGCAGCCGAACAAUGCGAAUCAAGCGAUCAGUGCUCACUCAUGGAUUGUAAAAAAUCAGGCAAGCAUUGUUAUUCAAAAGAACUCAGGUGUAAUUGCGAAGCUAUUCCAGAAGAAUUCCCUGGAUUGGGCACUACGCCACCGAAAACUACUCAAAUAACAGCGAUCACUAGUGUCGAAACCAUUAGUGAUGUGGAGUCAAGUAUAAACUCGCCGUCACCGUCGAUCUCGUCUGGUAAUAUUUCUCAAUGCGAGAAAUCCAGCUCUACUCCGCAGUUACCUCCUUCGAGUUCGUAUGAAAACUUCAACGUGAAUGAACAUAAAAAGCAGACUGAAACAAAAUUUUUCGACGAACAAGGGUUACCCAACGAUGAUUUUGAAUUCAGUCGUUCAGCUAGCACUUCGCAGGUGACAUCGUCAUUUAAGAAGCAUCCACCUUCGGCUUCGUAUGUUAGUCUUUCUCACGGUCUCACUUCUAGUCAACCGCAUUUGACAUCUAAACCGCCGCCCUCGCCUCCAAUUUAUUCUCUUCGAUCUAUGAAACACGGGAAAUUUCAGGAUUCUGCUGAAACAUCCCACUCAGAUUCAUUUAGUAAUUUAGAUUAUAAACGCAACCGUGUUCAUACCAUUUCUGUGAUGAGCCCUACGAAGAAAUCGCAAUCCGAGUGGGAUUCCAGGAAUAAAUUUCCUAAUCAGACUAAUUACGAUUCAAAAAAAUCUGGACUUAAUCCAAGUUUCGUGUUCUUACAAUUGUACGAUUCGUCGAUGUUCUUUGAGAGUAACGAGAAACCAAUACCCGUUCAUUCAUCGACAACCAUUCAAAGAGCGAUAAAUGUUUUCGAUCGCAUUCCUCCGUAUGAAACUCAUAAAGUCGGAGUAAUUUAUGUUGGCCCUGGUCAAGCGAAUAAUGAAAAGGAAAUUUUAAGCAAUACGAACGGUAGCGUUCGCUACGUUCAGUUUUUAUCGAAAUUAGGAACGUUGGUGAGACUAGCCGAUGUCAAUUCGCAAAACAUAUUCCUGGGUGGUUUAGAGCAGAACGGAAACGAUGGCAAAUACGCGUAUAUUUGGAAAGAUGAUAUUAUGCAGGUUAUUUUCCAUGUGGCUACUUUGAUGCCGAAUAAAGAGAAUGACGUGAAUUGUAAUAACAAAAAAAAACAUAUCGGUAACGAUUUAGUUAGCAUCGUGUAUAAUGAAAGCGGCGAAGAAUAUAAUCUCAAUACUGUAAAGUGUCAAUACAAUUUUGCAAGCAUUAUUAUCGAACCAUUGGAUCACGAUACCAAUCAAUUAACUGUCAAAGCGAAAGAUGAUUUGUUGGAAAUAAUCGGAAACGUCGAUACUAAGAUAGUCUCCGACACAAACGUAUCCCUGUUAGCGAGGCAGUUGGCUCUUCAUAUAAACCUCGCUUCAUUGGUGUUAAGUAGCAUGAAUAAAGAUAGAAACUGCGGAGGGAUUUACGCAUCGAAUUGGUUAGAAAGACUGCGGAAAAUUAAACAAAUCCGAAAGAAAGUAAUCGAGGAGAAAAGUGCUUCCACGAGUCAAACGGAGGCUAACAAGCAAGCCACUCGUAAUUACUACUGCGAUUUUACUGACUAUACGUAACUAGCUGCCAUUUUUUUCAGCUACAGUUUUUAUUUAUUCCACGUUGAUCGUGUGAUAGAAAUUUGUGUAAGUGUUAAGUCUUAGUAAGAUAUUUGAGAAUUCGAAUGAUUUCGUAUUUAUUAACUAUUAAAUUAUCUUUGCAUUUUUUA